GUGGAAUCUGUAUUGUGUCUGCGAGAGAAGUUACAGCGGAGUGACGAGGUUGUUAAAGUGAUUGUUUUUGUCUUCCUGGGAUUAGUCUCGAAACAAGCUGCGAGAUGGAGGUCAGCGCUGAGGCCAAGAGGAUCAUGGUGGUGGCUUUGGGGAAACUGUACAGCUCCCGCACGCAGCGUGGGGGUCUCCGGCUGCACCGGAGCCUCCUCUUGACUCUGGUGAUGAAAUCCGCUCGGGACAUUUACCACGCCGCACAGACGACAACGGCUGAAGGUUUGGAAGAAGACCGCGAAGACCAACAGCCCUCUGAGGUUGAGAUGACCACAGAGACGAGCGGCACUCCGGAGCUCCAGGGCACAGCUUCUCUUCCUCUCAUGGCCACCGACGCGGACGUUCAGGGCCGAACGCAAAACCAGGAGAAUACGUGUCUGAGCGGGCCGCCGCACCACACGCGGAAGAGACGGGGCAAAGCAACGGCUGAGCCGGACUUCCUGCCCUGUAAGAAGGCAAAACUGGAGUACGGGACUGCUCAACAGCUCAUUGUCACUUCAGUUCUGGUGGACUAUGCGAACUGUAGUAGUGAGCUGGGACCUUCUCCAAGCCCCAUCCCCCUACAGACAGUCAUAGCAGCGUGUUGAGCGCCCUGAGAGAGGUGUUCAACACCCUGAAAGUUUUCAACUGGGCCCCGUGGGAGCCAUGAUCGCCCACUACGGUGCGCCUGUUCCAGUGUCUGGGAAGAGCCACGCCAGGGAAAGCGUGGCUCUGAGGGGACUCUGGGCACCUUGGGCCUGUUUCAGUUGGAGCACGGCAGUUCCUGCGACUCCGUGCCUCAUAAUGUCUUUAUUUGAAUGCAGGAGGAACUCCGGAAAGCCACAGUGAUUGGGACUGUUUCUGCGCUCGUUGACUUAUUUACACCAAUAUGUGAACUCUGUUGCUGCUUCACACAGCAGACUUAAUGUAAGCUUGUUAUUGUCUACAUGUUGACUUAAUAUAGAAGAUGUGAACAAGUGUAAAAUUAUCAUUUACAGCAUCUACCUCAGUAUUUAUUAAAACUUUUUUACUUGA